UGUCGACAGUUCUACAUCAUCCUAAACUUGGCUGUGGGCGGCACAAAUGGCUACUUCCCUGACGGGGUGGCCAGCAACCCGGCCAAGCCCUGGAGCAACGCCUCCCCUCACGCACCUCGUGACUUCUGGAACGCUCGUGAGUCGUGGCUGCCCAGCUGGAAGCACGGUGAGUGGAGCAUCAGCGAGGAGGCAGCUCUUAAGGUCGACUACGUUAAGGUCUGGAAAAUGGAGAGCAUCGAGCAGUAGCCCACACCAUCCAGCAGCAGACCCACGCCUCACCCACACCAUCCAGCAGCAGACCCACGCCUCACCACACCAUCCAGCAGCAGACCCACGCCUCACCCACACCAUCCAGCAGCAGACCCACG